CAGACUAGUUACUGAUUGGACUUCAUGAUCAUAAAUUCCUGAGCCUGCUGGACUUCCCAGCCCCUCUGCUUUUCACCAUGGACCAGGAUUAUGAGAGACGCCUCCUACGCCAAAUCAACAUCCAGAAUGAAAACACGAUGCCUUGUGUAGCAGAGAUGAGAAGAACCCUGACGCCUUCCAAUUCUCCAAUGUCUUCUCCUAGUAAGCAUGGUGACAGAUUCAUUCCUUCCAGAGCUGGGGCCAACUGGAGCAUCAACUUCCACAGAAUAAAUGAAAAUGAAAAAUCACCCAGUCAAAACAGAAAAGCGAAGGAUGCUACAUCAGACAAUGGCAAAGAUGGCCUUGCUUACUCUGCCUUGCUGAAGAACGAGCUCUUAGGAGCAGGGAUUGAGAAAGUGCAAGACCCACAGACAGAAGACAGGAGGCUGCAGCCAUCCACCCCAGAGAAGAAGUCUCUCUUCACUUAUUCGCUCAGCACAAAGCGCUCAAGUCCAGAUGAUGGCAACGAGGUCUCACCCUAUUCCCUGUCUCCUGUCAGCAACAAAAGUCAGAAGCUGCUAAGAUCACCUCGAAAACCAACUCGGAAAAUCUCGAAGAUUCCUUUCAAAGUGCUGGAUGCCCCAGAAUUGCAAGAUGAUUUCUACCUGAACCUGGUGGACUGGUCAUCUCUUAAUGUCCUCAGUGUUGGCCUUGGGACUUGUGUUUACCUCUGGAGUGCCUGUACUAGCCAGGUGACCCGGCUGUGUGACCUCUCUGUGGAAGGAGAUUCCGUAACAUCUGUGGGCUGGUCAGAAAGGGGGAACUUGGUAGCUGUUGGCACUCACAAGGGCUUUGUACAGAUCUGGGAUGCAGCUGCAGGAAAAAAACUCUCCAUGCUGGAGGGGCACACAGCCAGAGUUGGUGCCCUGGCAUGGAAUGCUGACCAGUUGUCCUCUGGGAGCAGGGACAGGAUGAUCCUUCAGAGGGACAUCCGCACCCCCCCGCUGCAGUCGGAGCGGCGGCUCCAGGGCCACAGGCAGGAGGUCUGUGGACUCAAAUGGUCAACAGACCACCAGCUCCUGGCCUCUGGUGGGAAUGAUAAUAAGCUCCUUGUCUGGAAUCACUCCAGCCUGAGUCCUGUCCAGCAGUACACAGAGCAUCUUGCAGCAGUAAAAGCCAUUGCCUGGUCUCCACACCAGCAUGGGCUCCUAGCCUCCGGGGGGGGCACUGCCGACCGCUGCAUCCGCUUCUGGAACACGCUGACGGGGCAGCCUCUGCAGUGCAUCGACACGGGCUCCCAGGUCUGCAACCUGGCCUGGUCCAAGCAUGCCAACGAGCUGGUGAGCACCCACGGAUACUCGCAGAACCAAAUCCUCGUCUGGAAAUACCCCUCGUUGACUCAAGUAGCAAAGCUAACAGGGCACUCCUACCGAGUCCUCUACCUGGCAAUGUCCCCUGAUGGAGAGGCCAUAGUCACAGGAGCUGGAGAUGAAACCUUGCGCUUCUGGAAUGUCUUCAGCAAAACUCGCUCCACAAAGGAGUCUGUGUCUGUUCUCAACCUCUUCACCAGGAUACGAUAA